AUGAGGAAGGCGGAGGAGAUGUUUUUCACAGAGGAAGGCGAGGUGGUCAAGCACAGCAUGGCAACCAAGCAAGCAGCCCUGGAUGCAGCGUAUCUGGCCCUGGUCCAGGACAUGGAGCAGGAAACCAGAGCUUUCUUCGCGGGCAAGGGUCCAGAAAGUGUCACCAGCAUUUCCAGAUACGACGUCAACUGGGCCUUAGAAGAGGUUCAGUCCCCGCCCCAGCAGUUCAGCAACUCUGGGUCACUCCAGCAGGCCCUGGAUACGUUUAGGAACCUCCUGCUGGCCAUCGGCCUGGACAGCCAAGCCGGGUGCCUCAACACCGAGUUGGUCGAUCGCAUGUUCGUUGAUUUCUUAGAUGAGCUGGAGAGCAGCAUCAGUCAGGAGGAGAGGCAGAGCGCCAGCGACAGCAACAAGCAGUGGAGGGACUGGGUAGCCGAGGCCAUGCAAGCUGCCAAAACCUUCCCCAAGACCACAGGGAUGACUUGGGACGGUUUUCAUCCAGUGCACUUCAAAAUGAUUGGCCAAGUUGGGCUGGAGAUAAUGGCCACCCUGUUUAAACUCGUGGAGGCCCUGGGGACCUUUCCCACUCCGCUGCGCGCCGUACUGACGGUGAUCAUUCCGAAGCACAAGAAGACAGGCAGCCAGCCCCAGUACAGAGGUAUAGGCAUGCUCCCCAGCCUGUACAGGUUAUGGGCACGCGCUAGGCAGCACGUGGCCAAGUCUUGGGAACAGAACCACAAGAGAGGGUUUUUGUGCCACCAAUCGGGCAGGUCCAUUUGUGAACUAGUCUAUAUGCAGGCCUUAAGUGCAGAAAGAGGACAGUACGUCAACCCCGUCAUGCACACAGGCACGAUCAUGUGGGAUUUAAGCAACUUUUACGAGCAUGUGGACAGAGAGGACCUGUACCAGAAAGCGCUCCACAACAAGUUCAGCUCCCACAUUUUAUCGGUCAUACUCAAUCAGCAUAAGUCUAGAAGGUUAGUGUCGUUCUCAUCUAUGGUCACCGACGUGGGUUACACUACCAGGGGCAUCCCAGCAGGCGACAGCUUCGCCACUUAUCUCGUUCAAAUAUAUUGUAUAAACGAACUAGACGAGUGGCAGUCUCAGCACAGUAUGGUGCAGCUGAGCGUCUUCAUCGAUGACUUCCUCCAGCAAGCACAGAGCAGUUCUAUGCUGACGGUGCUGACAAAUUUGACAGAUGCAGCCCAUGACAUGAGACAGGUGAUUGAGUUAGACCUACAGUGCUCUGUGGCCGACCACAAAUCAGUAGUCCUUGCGUCUUCUGAGAAGUUGCAGUUGCAGAUAGUCAAGGCCCUUGGAACCAAAGGUGGACAGGCACUAGAUUCGGCAGCCAACUUAGGCAUCGACUACAGCGCAGGGCGCAGCAGAAUGUACAAGAAGUACAGGCCUACAGCAAUAGGACGGCACGCAAAGCUGCGCAAGCGCCUCUUCAAACUUAACAGCCUUCGAGAAGGAGGGGCUAACAUCAGCAAGCUCUACUCAGGUGGGUUGCAGCAGGCAGGCUACCACGGGACGGAGGUUGUAGGUCCUACAACCUCCGUCCCGUCCGUAGGUCCUACAACCUCCUACAACCUCAUCCGCUCCUACAAUGUAG